AAAAUAUUGAGGCAAUAUUAUUUAUUUAAUGGAUUUACUUAAUCUUGUUUAAUUGGCGAUAGAUAUAUCAUUAGCGAGAGAUAAUUAUUGUGAAGAAAUUAAAAAAUUACGAAUUAAUUUAGAAGUUUUCUGUCAUACAUUAAAAUAACUAGAUGAUUCUAAUUGUCCUAAUCAAUUUUUGAAAGAAGCAGAAUAAGAAAUAUAAAAGACAUAUGAUUGGCUUAAGAAUUUACCUCAAGAAGUGAGCAUGUAAUUAAUGAUAAAUUUAUAUAUAAUUAGAUUAGAUAGUGUUAAAUUUUAGAUUCCUUACAAUAAUAAAGUAGAAUAAAUUAAAGAGAAAUGUAAUUCUAUUCAAUAAUUGAUUACAUUAUCAACAGCUUUAAAUGUAAUUAAAUAAUCUAAUCCAUAAAUAUAAUUGAUUCCUAAACCGCCUUCAAAUAUUCAAGCCACUUUAACUUAAAUCGAUGAUAUAUGUAUUAAUGAGAAAUCAGACAAAUAUAUAUUAUUAUAACUUAUAUCUGAUGAACACACUAAAAAUAUGUUUAGAAAACAUGGAGUAAAUUUACAAAAUAAACAUGCUAUACAUUUCAAAGAUAAUUAAAAUGAAAUUGUUCUAUGUAAAAUAUCAAGAUAAGAUUAUUCUUUACUUAAAGAUGAUAUAUAAUAAAUCAACACUAUUUCAUAAGAUCAUGCAUCUAUUUUAUGUAAAAAGAUUGAUUAAAAUAAUAAAUAACCAGAAACAAUUAAAUAGGAUGAUAAUAAUGAAUAAUAAGAGUAAAAUUAAUAUAUAUAUAUUAUGUUAGUGUAUUUUAUUCUUUAGAUGACAAUCUUAAGGAGAUAUCUAAAAAUAUUAUUGAUUAAAUAUAAUAUGAAUUUUAUUUGAAAAUAACAGGUCGUUUAGGAGUAUUUUUAUAUAGAAAAAAAGAAAAUAUUAAAGAAUGUGACAAAUUCAUUUAACCUGAUACUUGGGCAAACAGAAUUUAAAAUACAACAAUAAAAUUAGAAGAGAAUGAUAAAUUUGCUAUUCUAAUGAAGAAACCAGAUUACAAAGUUCCAUUGAUUGCUUAUUCAAUAAGUUAUAAUAUAUGA